AACACACUCUCCCAUUUCUUCUCUCUUUUCUGCAAAAGUUGAAUUCUCCACUCUGAAGCAGCGUCGACGGACCCUCUCUCCUCCCUCUCUCCCUCCCUCUCCCUCUCCCUCACCGUCCAUUAAAAUAAACCCACACUUUUCACAUUCAUCUCCACAUCACACGCUUCCCUACUUCAUAAAUACAUCCUCCUCCUCCUCUUCUCCCCAUAUCUCACAUAUUCAUAUUCCAUUGCAAGAGUUUCAACAACAUUAAAUGGCUACUUCAUCCACCUCUCCCAUUCUCAAGCACGCCUUCUCUUCUUCUUCUUCAACUAAGCUACCUCCGCCCACUGCCACCAACGCCACCGUAUCCGUAUCUCUCAAGCACCUUUCUUUUCGCCCAUCUCUCUUCCCACAACCCCUUAAAGUUUCCACCACCUCCGCCGCCACCACAAGAUCCUUCUCUUGCAGGAGCCAGAGCGACCCAUCAGAUUCGAGAUCCUCUAAAGUUCAACAACUCAAUGUGUAUGAGAUCAACGAAAGAGACCGCGGCAGCCCUGCUUACCUUCGAUUGAGCCAAAAGACCGUCAAUUCCCUCGGCGAUCUCGUGCCCUUCAGCAACAAGGUUUACACAGGAGACCUGAAGAAACGGGCGGGUAUAACCGCCGGAAUCUGCGUGCUCAUAAAGAACGAACCGGAGAAGAAAGGAGACCGCUACGAGGCCAUCUACAGCUUCUACUUCGGCGACUACGGCCACAUCGCUGUGCAGGGACCGUACCUGACAUACGAGGACACGUAUCUGGCCGUGACAGGUGGUUCCGGCAUAUUCGAGGGGGUGUACGGGCAGGUGAAGCUCCAACAGAUCAUCUUCCCUUUCAAGCUGUUCUACACUUUCUACUUGAAGGGAAUACCGGACCUCCCAAAGGAGCUGCUGGGAGAAGCCGUACCGCCGUCGCCGGCGGUGGAGCCGACAGCUGCGGCGGAGGGCGCCACGCUCCCCAAUUUUACCAAUUAGAGGGGACAGGGUGGGUUGGUGGUUGAUAGUGAUACGCAGUGUUUUGUUGUGUAAUAAUUGCGAAUAGUGGUAAUGAUUUGAUGAGUGUAUGAAUAAUCAUUCUACCUUUUUGGGCAAAAGGGACUACUCCUUACACUUAUAGAGCACUAUUUCUUGUGGAGCCAAUGUUCAAAUUGGGUUUACUUUCUUCCUAAAAUGCAAAUGUGUAACCCCAAUUUUUUUA